UUGUAAUCCAAAAAUUGUUGUAUUUUCUAAAGCUUCACCUGAUGAAGAAGAUAUAGUUGAACUUGCAGACAUAUCAUUUAAUUCUUUUGUUGGUUCAAAUACAGACAACAAAAAUUAUAAUUGGAAAUUAAAAAAUAAUGAAAGUGUAAGAGGUCGGCUUAUAAAUAUGACAAAAAGAACGAUUGAAGAAAUUAAACAAUCCGAAAAAGUAGAUUCAAUAAUAAUGAGCAUUAUAUGGUUGGGACUAUCAUCUAUCAUAGAUCUUUCAUCAGAGUUUAAGCAGGGCAUGCACUCUUGGUUUAACGAUGAUUGGAUCCCAUUAAAGGUCAAAGCGCUAUCAAAAAUUAACUUAACAGUUGAAGAGUUUUCUGGUGAAAUAUUAGAGCUUAUUACUAAAGUUGAAAAUUUUUGUAUUUCGCAUGAUUAUUUGGGGGCAAGAAAAUUAUUAUUAGAAAAAAUAAUCGAACGACCUACCGAUAUUAAAUUUAGACAAAUUUUAAAAGUCCUGGAUUUGUUCUUAGAAAAUCCAUAUUUAUUUAUAAGAAAAAAUGGUCAACCACAAAAAUACACAGAAAUACAAUAUGUAAUAAAAAUGGUGGAUCCUAUUUUGGAAAUAAUAUUUUCCGAUUGCCAAAGCCUUGUAAGGCUUAUGUGGGGAGAGACCGUUUCACAAGUGACAAAUAAUUCGAAAAGAAAAAUUGACCUCUGUAUAAGAACUGAGGAUGGUAUAAAAGAAUUAAGCCAUUCUGAAUAUGCCCAAAAAGCUACAAUGGUAAAAAUUCUAAAAGAUCGAAGUAAAUCUUUUAGAACUAACAAGUGUAUACUUGACAAAUAUCUCGAGAACGAUCUUCCAGGUGAAGCUUUAGAAAAUACAACAAUUUUUGGAUUACAACUAGCAG